AUGAGCUCCAGCUCCGAAAAAGAGUAUCCGGAUAUCAUGGAGAAAAUCAAGAAGUACAAGAGGAUAAUUGGGAACCGAUCUCUUCAGAUCGACCUCUACGAAGGCUGGAACAUUUUUGAUCUACCAACCAACAAAGAGCUCACCGACUUCCUGGGCACCCUUUCCACAUCUCAAAUCUGGGAUUUCGAACGAGACGUGUUCACUCAUGGCCAGGACCCGAAAACUUAUAUGAAAAUCCACUACAUGGUUGAGUCCACAGCUGCGAUAGAUCUUGGAGAGGAGAUCGAGAGCAAGGAGACGGUAUUUCACGAUAAGGUCAAUGUGAUGUACAUGGAGGGGCAUGAUAACCCAGUCACCGCUUCAACGACAAGUGGCUUCCGUGACGGCUACCACCCAUCAAGAGAUAAUCCAGAUUGGGCGAUGAUGGGAAAGCAGGUGUUAGGGAUUCCUGAUGAUGCUGAGGUGGAGGAGGAGGAGGUGGAGCAACCCCAGGCGGUGGAUGAAGAGCCAGAAGAGCCAGAAGAGCCACAGAGUCAACCGAAAGAAUCGAAAAACUCCCACAAGAAGAAGAAGGCAAAGCACCAUAAGCGCAAGUGA